ACAUACCAAUUGGACUAGACUAUGGAAUUGUCGUAAACAACCUUAUUAUUUAGAUUAGAUAGGCACAAUUAAAUGUUUACUACAGCUGUAAUUUACAGUUCAUUAUAAUUAACUAAUGAAUAUUUAAGUUAGAAAAUACACAAUUGAAACACAAGAGACGCACAGGAAGAACAGUAUGAUAGCCGAAGAUGUUUAUUCACAUUUUAAAUUUAAUGCAAGAUAACAAAAACGAUUUUCCAAACUCUUCAAAAAUUGUUUUGCCUUGAAAAUAAAUGUUUUUGCUGACAAAUUAAAAAAUAAACACUACACACACCAGCACGGUGUGACACAGCCACUGUGACAACCAUUUUGACAAAUUAAAGAUUAGAUAGAGAAAAAAAACAUUAUUUUUAUCUUUUUCUUUCUCAUGCUUUUAGAGAAAGACCUAACAAGAAAUUUCGAAAUGAAUAGUCACUGUCAUUUGGAAGAUCUGUCAACGGCCGCCAUGGACCAAAAUGAACUUUGCACGUAUUUUGAUAAACUUAACCUCAAAAAACUUCAAUAAAUUCAAAACAACCAUGACUUUAUAACAAAACUAAUAAAAAAGUGAAUAAUUCCAAAUAAAAUAGACCAAAAUCCUAUACGAAAAUGUCCGACACUGCUUUGGUCAUCAAAGCGAAACCGCAAAGAAAAGUUUUCAAAGCGACAAAAAUUACAAAAGUGCCCGAAAGUUUACUCAACGAUCCGAAACUUGAAGCAGCCUCGUCAGCUUUGCCCAACAACUACAACUUUGAAAUUCCCAAAACCAUAUGGAGAAUACAACAACUAAACGCCAAAGUUGUAGCUUUGCAAUUGCCGGAAGGUUUGCUAUUAUUUGCCACUACCUUAGCUGAUAUCAUUAAAGAAUUCACUGGGGCAGAUUCUGUUAUAAUGGGAGAUGUUACGUAUGGAGCUUGUUGUAUUGACGAUUUAACUGCUAGAGCGUUAGGAGUAGAGUUAUUAGUGCAUUAUGGACACAGUUGCUUAGUUCCAAUAGAUCAAACAAGUGGAAUUAAAGUUUUAUACAUUUUUGUGGAUAUUAAAAUAGAUCCUCUGCACUUUAUAGAGACUAUAAAAAUGAAUUUUGAGCCUUCUACUAAAAUGGGACUUGUAAGCACCAUACAGUUUGUAACAACAUUACAAGUGGUUUCUAAAUUAUUACAGCAAAGUGGUUUUGAGGACGUUUCGAUACCACAAUUCAAACCGCUAUCUCCAGGAGAAAUUUUGGGUUGCACUGCUCCAGUUUUAAGAUGCUGCGAAGUAGUUAUUUAUUUAGGUGAUGGUCAAUUUCAUUUAGAAGCAGCCAUGAUAGCAAAUCCUAAAGUCAAAGCCUACAAAUAUGAUCCUUAUGACAAAAAAUUUACUUAUGAAAGUUAUGAUCAUUCACAAAUGGAAACUAUAAGGAAAAACUUCAUCGAAAAAUCAAAAUUAGCUGAAAAUUUUGGUGUUAUUAUGGGCACAUUAGGCCGGCAAGGGAGCCCUAAAGUAGUUGAACAUUUAAGACAAAGAUUAAGUGAUAAAGGCAAAAACGCAGUCAUAAUAUUAUUGUCAGAAAUUUUUCCGAAAAAAAUUGAUCUGUUUUCAAAAUUAGACGCAUUUGUACAGGUAGCUUGCCCAAGAUUAUCCAUAGAUUGGGGAACUGCUUUUUCAAAACCAUUUUUAACUCCUUAUGAAUUAGCCAUUACAUUGGGAGAUGCUCAAUGGCAUAAAGAGGGUAAGAGUUACCCUAUGGAUUUUUAUGCUAACGCUAGUCUAGGACCUUGGACACCUAAUCAUAAACCUGAGGAACUAAAUGUGAAUACUUGUUGUGGAAAAUGUCCAUAAUAAAGAAUAAUAUAUUUAAUUUAAGAGCAAAUUGUAUAUUUUAAUUUUUAUUUAAUAAAUUAUUGUUAUUA